AUUCUACCAGUGCGGGAUUGUUACUAGCCAUUAAUGGCGGAUAGAUGGAGGUUUUUCGUCUUUUUAAGACUUUGUUGAAGUGCUUGGCUUUGAUAAUUGUAUUAAGUUUCGGACUGGAGUGAGUGUUUGUUUUUUUUAAAUACGUACAAAGCUGACAGUUAAUAAAAAGUCGAACCGGUUAAUUCGAUUUAUGUUAACUGACGUAGCGAGUCAAUACAUUAGAAAAAGUGAUAUAACUUGUUGUUCGCGUAAUUUAACAAAAAUGGACUCGUCUCCUUCUCUAGAAACUGUUUGUCAAGCUAUUUACGCUCUUUACCAUAAUCCAGAUACUUCGGGUAAAGAAAAAGCUUCAGUUUGGCUUGGAGAAUUGCAACGUUCGGUUUUUGCGUGGAAAAUUGCUGAUGAUUUAUUACACCAUAAUGUAGACCUAGAAUCAUGUUAUUUUGCCGCUCAAACCAUGAGGACAAAGAUUCAAUAUGCGUUUCACGAACUUCCACCGGAAUCACAUCUGUCUUUGAGGGAUUCCUUGUUGGAGCACAUCAGUCAUGUCUCUCAAGAAACAGCUUCUGUUAUUGUCACACAGUUGUGUUUGGCAUUAGCUGAUCUUGCACUGCAGAUGGCAACAUGGAAAUCUCCAGUUUCUGAUUUAAUUGACAGAUUUGGAAAUGCAACCCAUCAUCUUCCUGUACUUCUUGAAGUUCUUACUGUUUUACCUGAAGAGGUGGAAGCAAUUAGAAGACAGAUAUUCACUCCUAUUUUACAGGUGAACAGCAGGUCUUUAAGAUUGGGAGCCAAUAGAAGAAGUGAAGUCAUUGAAUCUUUCAAUCAUGUAUCUCCUAAAGUUUUACAGUUACUGAUGCAUUUCGAGCCAGGUUAACUUUCUAGCUCCUCU